GUCAGAUACUUAGGAGGGGCUCCUCCGUGAGGCUGGGUGCUGUUUGUGGUGCUGAAACAACGCCUGUAUUGUGCGCCGUUUUUGCGAAUUUCUCCCACCUCCGUUAAUCCUGUCGGGGUCAGACAUGCAUGUUUAGUCCGAGUCUCGUCCGUCUGUCCGUCACACACACACAUACACAAACACAUCUACACACACAUACACAUAUAGACACACAAACACCAGCCUCAUGAUCAUGCUCUUUUAGCGGAAGGAAGGUGCGCGAUGGAGUCGUAGUAUAGGCAGGAGCGGUAUGGAUUCCCGGUGCUGUCCCAUCCUCUUGGCUGCAUUGGCUGUCAGCCUCUGCUCCACACCUACCCUCGCUGACAGAAAAUUCGGUUGCUUGUUUGAAGACGAGCUCUGCACGCCAUAUGAAUUCUGCGUCAAUGAUGGAGUGUUUGGAAGGUGCCAGGAGUUGGCUGGUGCAGACCUGCACACAUACGAUAUCUCUUCCUCAGCUCUGCAACGCCUCAGGAUCCUCCUACAGAAACUGGCUCACAGAGGUUUGACAUGGCAGGAUGGCAUCACGCAGCAGGUGAUCUCCAGAGAGCUCUCCAAACUGAGGAAUGUCCCCCUUCACCAUCAAGCCACACCCCCUGCCCCUUUGAUGUCCUCCAGAAACAGAAAACUGAGCCCAGAGCUGAGCAGAAACCUACAGCAGUACCUGAAGGGAAUGGGCUUCCUGUCGGAGUCUGAGGGGAAAGGACAGCCACAAGCCCAGCAAAAGGGAGCAACUACACAAAAUGAAGACAUUGAGUCUGAUGGUCAGCUGGAGACCAGUCGGCCAAAACCCCAGCAGGUCUGGAAAGAGCACACUAUCUACAGCGUUCAGAAAGGACCUGGACAAGCUCCAGUCACUAAAGUCUUUACAAAGAGUGGAGAGGGCAGGCACCCCAUGCUUAGUACAACCUACUCCAACCAGGACCCAGGAAGGAGCAAACUCCUUUCCAGCCAGUUGGAACGGCUUCUUGCCAAAGUACCAGGCACUCAGCGCACCCCAGGUGGUGAGGCUUCAUGGCCGAAAGGAAAGCUCCACUACCUGGGCUCUGUCAAACCAUCUCAGACUGACCACGCUGAGCCACAGCCUCAAGUGGCUUUUGGCUCUGAAACCUCAAGGCCUAACCUAGACAGACUGCUGUUCAAAGCUGGCUCAAACCGGCUCGACACCAAAGAGCCUCUUAGUGUCAUGGAUGAGCGAUUCAUCCAAAACGUGGUUAGCCAGCUGGGAAGGCACAGCAUCAACAUGGAGGCUUUGAUGGGCAAAGACCUGGACGAACUCGCUGGGGUCAUCACAGGAGCUCUGCAGGAGGUGCAUGAGGAGCGUCCUGGGGCUGGGUCCCUGCCAGCACCAGGAGCUGCUGACUCCAUGGGGGGGGGAGAAGGUAACAAGGAGCCGCUGGCAGCUAUGGUAACGAAUCAAAACCAGGACCUGAAAUCAGAUAAAGAGCAGGAUCUGAACCAGAAAGAUGCAGCGAGAAUAAAACAGGAAGGCCAACAGAAAGACGGUGCAGACAAAGAGCCAGUUGACAAGCAUUCAGCCAUCUUCUCUAAGCUGCUCGACUACCUCAACCUGGAGCCUUUUGGUGAUGCACCACGGGUCAACAGCAGGCCGCCGGCUUCUCUGCAGAAGAUGCCUGGGCUAGAGAGCGUCCAGAGCCGGACAAAGCAGGGCCAAGCUCCUAUAGUCCACCACUGGGAGGAAAAGACCAUGACAGUACCUGCAAAAGAAGGCUCCACCCUGCGCUUAACCAGCGGUGUACAAGGACCCGAUGCGCAGGUGGACUCUGAGAUACAGAAGUGGAUGCAGGGGGUGCAAGGGAAAAAGCAGCUGGAGGAGCCACAGAAGAAAGACAUGAGAGUGAAAACUCAAUUAGUCCAUGUGGGGGUGAAGGAGUUUUCCAGCAGAGGGAAAGACCGACACUUUGGCUACAUCAUCACCGGCUCAGACUCCCUCACCACUGACCAGGGCAUGGAUCUGAUGGAGCGACUGGCGCAGAGGCUAAACAUCCACGCCGCAGACCUCACCCAGCUCUCUGUCCUGGGUCCUGCGCUGACGUUCAGAGUUGGUCCUAACCCUAAGAAUGUGACGACUGCAGAUUUGGUUCAAGUCGCAGUCCAACAGAAGCAGCAGCUGGAGAAGGAGACAGGCCUGAAGAUAGUGGAGGCUGGAGUUAGUGAUAGGGGCAGCCUGACCCAGAUCCCCGUGGUAAAGGAGACCAGGGUGGAGUCGGGCCAGUUCCUGCUGCUCUCCGUCCUCUGCAUGCUCUUCAUCCUGGUCGCGUUGGCAGUGUCGGCCACUUUCUUCUGCGUUCGCCAGCGCUCCCACCUACACAUGAAGGAGAAGCUGGCCAGCCUUGGAACUGACACCAGCACUGAUGCCACUGCAACCUAUCAGGAACUAUGCCGUCAGCGUAUGGCGAUCAGGACGUCGGAGCGUGUUGAGCGCCCGGAGACACUCCGCCACUCACGGCUCAACAGCGUGUCGUCCCAGUUCAGCGAUGGCCCCGCCGCCAGCCCGUCCACCCGCAGCAGCACCUCCUCCUGGUGCGAAGAGCCGGUGCCAUCAAACAUGGACAUCUCCACCGGUCACAUGAUACUAUCAUACAUGGAGGACCACUUGAAGAACAAGAACCGUCUGGAGCGCGAGUGGGAGGCCCUGUGCUCCUACCAGGCAGAACCUGGUGCCUGCAACGUGGGCCAUGGUGAGCAGAACUCCAAGAGGAACCGCUCAGAUGCUGUUGUCGCAUAUGAUCAUUCAAGGAUCACCUUGAAAGCAGAGAAUAACCACAGCAACUCAGAUUACAUCAAUGCCAGUCCAAUAAUGGACCAUGACCCUCGCAACCCCACUUACAUCGCCUCGCAGGGCCCACUUCCUUCCACAGUGGCGGACUUCUGGCAGAUGGUGUGGGAGAGCGGCUGCGUCGUCAUCGUUAUGCUGACCCCACUCUCUGAAAAUGGAGUGAAGCAGUGUCACCACUACUGGCCAGACGAGGGAUCUGACGUCUACCACAUCUAUGAGGUGAACUUAGUGUCUGAACACAUCUGGUGUGAGGACUUCCUUGUGCGAAGCUUCUACCUGAAAAACCUGCAGACCAACGAGACACGCACCGUCACCCAGUUCCACUUCCUGUCCUGGAUGGACCGUGGGAUCCCCAACUCAGCCAGGACCCUGUUAGACUUCCGCAGAAAGGUUAACAAGUGCUACCGGGGUCGAUCUUGCCCGAUAAUUGUUCACUGCAGUGAUGGAGCUGGCAGGAGUGGGACUUACAUCCUGAUUGACAUGGUCCUCAAUAAGAUGGCUAAAGGUGCUAAAGAGAUUGAUAUUGCCGCUACCCUGGAGCACUUGAGAGACCAGAGAGCUGGCAUGGUCCAGACAAAGGAGCAGUUUGAGUUUGCGCUGACAGCCGUGGCAGAGGAGGUGAACGCCAUCCUGAAAGCACUUCCUCAGUGAAAGCGUGGCACCCCCCUCCACCACCACCACCACCACCUUCUUCUCCUUCUUCUUCUCGCUCGCUGAGCACCGGUUCCUCUGCCCACUCAAGACUGACAUCUCUCUCUGCCCUUCCUCUCCUUGCUCUGUUUCCCCCCCCCCACAUCCCCCACCCCCCUCCUCUUCACCUCUAUAUAUACUGUAUACUUAUGAAUGUCGUGCCAGAUUUCUCACCUGGAUCCAUAUUUGCAAAUUUCUGCCUUAAAGUAUGACUGUUGAUCUGGAAUCAGCGUCGUUUUUUUUUAGCAGUGUGAGGUGUGGGUUGAGACAAACGGGGCCUGAUCUGAGACGGAGAUCAGCACUCCUACUUUGAGACCUUUUGUCAAUAUGAACCCCGGUCCUCUAUAACUGUGAUGUACCAACCUACCGUUCUAGUGCCACUGACAAGAUGUUUACGUGAUGUCAAGUGAAGAUUUUUGUUCCAAAAUAAGCUAUUGAAAAAAAAAAAGAUUAUUGGCACUACUAAAACACUACAUUAUUAACUAUAAAAUUCUAUGUAAAUGAAAUUAAUGUGUGUAAAUCAUAACAUUGUACCAAUAUAAAUAAAUGGAAUGGAUGUAUUGGGUUUUAAAUUGGAUAUCUGAGUAGCAUUUUGGAAAUAAACUCCUCACAUCCCCCCCCCCCCUCUGUGAUCUAAAUCAACUAUAUACUCAGCAUCACAUGUACAGAUGUUGAAGUGUGAGUGUAUUGUGUUUUGGGUCCAGACAUCUAUCUCACUCCUGUAUUACUCUAAAGAUGCUCUGAUUUUUAAAAUGCCUCAUGCAUCAUAAUUCACAGGACAUAUCAGGUGUUUUUUAUCCAUCAUUGCAUUAAUGUUUUGACACCAUAAACUGUUUGUUACAUGAACAUCUCUGUUGAUAUUUAAUGUACUAGAAAUAUACCAACUAAGAUAGUAAUUCUACUUAGAAAUACAUGUCAUCAUACUGUAUAUCGAUAGUAACAAUAUGAUGUGUUUAAGCAGGAAUUAUAUCUGAACUAUUGCUAAAUUUGUUUGUCACUCCAUCUCUGGUAUAUUGUGAUAUUUUGUGCAACAUCCCUCUAUGUAUAGACAAUGAAUGACUUUAUGAAUCCCUAUAUAGUGAAAUAUAUAUGAAAUGUAUACUGAGAGCCUCAAUGAGAACUAUAUAUUUUGUGUGAACAAAGUAACAUUCAAAUUGAUAAUAAAUAAAUCAGGACAGAUUAUACUGA